AUGCUAACAAUCGUUCGAAAACGUUUCAUUAAGUUUUUAAUAUCUAGGGCACUCCCAAGUUGGAGUGAGGUCGGUACUGGUAAACGACAGGAACUGGACUGGCGCGAUGUUGUCACAGAGGCGGAACAGAUUGUGGGGUAUCCUACUUCAUUCCUCAAUUUAAGAUGGUUAUUAAAUGAUGAGAUUGCGAAUACAGCGAUACAUCUUAGGAAACUAGUUGGAACAAAUCAUCCCCUUCUGAAAUCAGCAAAAAAUCUUUUAAUCGGCUCCAAAAGCAAUCUCCAAUCCGUCGGUUUAAUUAUUCUCUUAGUAUCAAAAGCGGCUGGCUUACCACAUUAUAUGAUAGAUCAGCAUACCUCAGGAGUUCUCCAUACACAGAGGGCGUUAGCAGAGAUCGUAGAGAUGAAGAGAACAGGCCACAUGAUCCAUAAAACAAUGGCUAAUUUAAAGGAGAAGGAGAAACAUGGUGAUAAAUACCAGGAUCUCUUGUAUGGAAAUAAAAUUGUACUUUUGACGGGGGAUUAUCUUCUAGCGACGUGUCUCAAUGGUUUGGGUGGACUUCGUAAUACAGAAGUGACGGAAUUGAUAUCGACUGGUCUUCGGGACCUUGUUGAAGGCGAUUUUUUGGGAGAGCGCGAUGAUGAGAACAAUCCUUUGCCAAGUAGGCCAAAAGCCAGCAACGAUUUAAAUGUUCAUUAUCAAUGGGAAAGUGAAGACAAUCUUGGCAAACUUGGAUCGAACGAUUAUCUUGGACAGGGUAAAGAUGAAUGGCUCUUACGCACAAUGCUUACAUCGGGCAGUCUUCUUGGUAAAGGUUGCCAAGGUGCUAUUAAGCUGGCUCGUCGGGGAGAGAAAAUGGAACGGGACGCUUACAUUCUUGGCGGUCACUUGGCGAUAAUUUGGCAACUUUAUCUCGACGUUAAAGAUUUCUUCACACAUCCAUAUUCGUACUCCUUAGUCGGAGCUCCUGUGAUUUUAGCGAUAUGGGAAUAUCCCACGGUGUACAGCUACAUCUUGGAGGCAAAGUUAGAAAAAAGACCCAUUGAAUAUAAGCAAUUGUAUUACGCAGUAAGAGCUACGAGGUCUUUGGAAUAUUUGACGUUAUUGUUAGAAGAUGAAAUGGCAGCCAUCUUGAAGAUCAGUGAUAGGUUUCCAGUGGAUGACGCACGAAAUGCAAUACAAAAGAUGGCGUUGACAAUUCAUGAUGAAACACUUCAAUACAUUGAAUAA